AUGCUCGAGGAGUUGGCGCCCCGUGGAGCGGGGGCCGCCCAGAAACCCAGCAAAAGUGUGAUCCGCCUGGCAAAGCUCCUCGCUGCAGUGAACCUGACCCCAGGAUCUCAGGCCGCCUCGCAGCUGGCUCCUGUCUUGAAAACGCGCACGCACGGGACGGCGCGGGUCUUACACAGGCUCCUUCAGGCACAGUUCCGAAGCCAUUACCAGCUGCUUGGUGACGGCUUGGCACAGCCUGGCGAGUGCUGGCACCCUGUCCUCCUCUACCCCAGCGGGUCUCUGCUCACGUCUGGCCGGGGGGCGGUGUGUUGUCAGAGUGCCAGCCAGGAGGUGGCCGACGCGGUCAUCCUGCCACCCAGACCUUCUGCCCCCCAGCCUAUUCCCAGUGGGAAUCCGCUCUACGAGUCCUACUACAAGCAGGUGGACCCAGCCUACACCGGGAGAGUGGGGGCCAGUGAGGCCGCGCUUUUCCUCAAGAAGUCGGGGCUCUCCGACAUCACCCUUGGGAAGAUAUGGGACCUGGCCGACCCAGAAGGUAAAGGGUUCUUGGACAAACAGGGCUUCUACGUGGCCCUCAGGCUGGUGGCCUGCGCGCAGAGCGGCCACGAAGUCGCCCUGAGCAACCUGAGUCUCACCAUGCCGCCCCCCAAGUUUCACGACACCAGCAGCCCGCUGAUGGCCACGCCGCCGCCCGCCGAAACCCACUGGGCCGUGAGGGUGGAGGAGAAGGCCAAGUUCGACGGCAUCUUUGAGAGCCUCCUGCCCAUCAACGGCCUGCUGUCCGGGGACAAGGUGAAGCCGGUGCUCAUGAACUCCAAGCUGCCGCUGGACGUGCUGGGCAGGGUCUGGGACCUCAGCGACAUCGACAAGGACGGCCACCUGGACCGGGACGAGUUUGCCGUGGCCAUGCACUUGGUGUACCGGGCGCUGGAGAAGGAGCCGGUGCCCUCCGCGCUGCCCCCCGCCCUCAUCCCGCCCUCCAAGAGGAAGAAGGCCGUGUUCCCCGGCGCCGUGCCCGUGCUGCCCGCCAGCCCCCCGCCCAAGGACAGCCUGCGCUCCACGCCCUCCCACGGCAGCGUGAGCAGCCUCAACAGCGCGGGCAGCCUGUCCCCCAAGCACGGCGUCAAGCAGCCGCAGGUAACGCGCCGCCAGGCCUGCCCCAGCACCAGGGGCUGGACUCGCGGCCUCGGCUUGCCCAGCGGGCGCUCCGCCGCUGCGGGCCGCGUGUCUGGAGAGGGCCUCGCUUCCCUCCCUGCUGCGCCCGGCCUCCACCUGCUUGUCUUGCGCCACUUUUGGGCCCUGGCCGAUACGAGGCAAACGGGGAAGCUAAGCAAAGACCAAUUCGCGCUCGCUAUGUAUUUCAUUCAGCAGAAGGUCAGCAAGGGCGUGGACCCGCCGCAGGUCCUCUCGCCGGACAUGGUCCCGCCCUCGGAGAGAGGCGCGCCCCUGCCGGACAGCUCCAGCUCGCUGGGCCCCGGGGAGUUCACGGGAGUGAAGGAGCUGGACGACAUCAGCCAGGAGAUCGCCCAGCUGCAGAGGGAGAAGUUCUCCCUGGAACAGGACAUUCGGGAGAAGGAGGAGGCAAUCCGACAGAAAACCAGUGAAGUCCAGGAACUCCAGAACGACCUGGACAGGGAGACGAGCAGCCUGCAGGAGCUGGAGGCGCAGAAGCAGGACGCACAGGAGCGCCUGGACGAGAUGGACCAGCAGAAGGCCAAGCUCCGAGACAUGCUGAGCGACAUCAGGCAGAAGUGCCAGGACGAGACCCAGAUGAUCUCAUCGCUGAAAACGCAAAUCCAGUCUCAGGAGUCGGACCUGAGGAGCCAGGAGGAGGACCUGAGCCGCGCCCGGGCAGAGCUCACGCGCCUGCAGCAGGAGGAGACGCAGCUGGAGCAGAGUGUGCAGGCCGGGCGCGCGCAGCUGGACACCAUCAUCAAGUCCCUCCAGUCCACGCAGGACGAGAUCAGCCAGGCCCGGAGCGCGCUGGCGCAGCUGCAGGAGAGCCGCGUGGAGGCGCAGCGUGGCGUGGCGCGGUGCGAGCGGGCAUUGGACGGCGCGGGCCUGGCCGCCCCGGCUGACGGCGGUGGAUUUGGAGCCAUGGAUGAUCCUUUCAAGAGCAAGGCCCUGCUGUUCAGCGGCGGCGCGCAGGAGCUGCCAGCCGACCCCUUCCAGGCCGACGACCCCUUCCAGACCGACCCCUUCAAGGGAGCCGACCCCUUCAAAGGCGACCCGUUCCAGAACGAUCCAUUUGUGGAGCAGCAGACAGCGAUCACAGAUCCCUUUGGAGGGGACCCUUUCCGAGAGAGCGACCCCUUCCGCGGCCCUGCCCCCGAACCCUUCUCCAAGAAGCAGCCACGGAGCGACCCGUUCGCCGCCGACCCCUUCGCCAAGACCCCCGGCGCGCCCACCUCGCUUGACCCAUUCGAGGCCAGUGAGCCCUUCGCGUCGUCCGGUGUAUCGAAAGCAUCAGAUCCCUUUGGGACGCUGGACCCCUUUGGGAGCGGGGCGUUCGGCAGCACCGAGGGCUUCGCUGACUUCAGCCAGAUGUCCAAGCCCCCCCCUGGGCCUUUCCCCGCGUCCGUGGGAGGCGCGGCGUUCUCAGACGACCCCUUUCACGGUGCGCAGCACACGCCGGCUCUGCCGCCCAAGAAGCCCGCUCCGCCUCGGCCCAAGCCGCCCAGCGAAGCGGAGGCUCCAGAAAGCGGCCCCCGGUACACGUUGCUGGCCGGUACGUUCCCACGACUGCUCGCACGCAUGCGUACUGACUGCGGGCAACCCGUGCCUGCCGACUGCGCAUGCGCUAGCGGCGUGUGCUGCGUGCUGCGAGCCCCGCGCUCCCUUCCCUUGGUCUUCACGCAGCCCCGCGGCCAGGCCGGGGCUGGGGCCGUGCGGGACGAGGCAGGCCCGGCCCCCGCCCUGGAGCUGGGGGCCGGAAGAUGGGUUGCAGCAGGAGUCCCGCAUUCGGGACCCUUGGACAUCAAGUUCUGCAAUGAGGAGCAGCAGCUGGCCUGGGCCAAGCGGGAGAGCGCCAAGGCGGAGCAGGAGCGGCUGGCGCGGCUGCGGCGGCAGGAGCAGGAGGACCUGGAGCUGGCCAUCGCGCUCAGCAAGGCCGACAUGCCCGCCUAGCACGCGCACGCGCACUCCUUGUACAAAAUGAAGUUUGAAUGAUUAAUAU